CAUAAACAUAAACACUAUUCCACGUUUCGAGUUCCACGUUUUCGAGUUUAAUUGGUCGUGGGGUUUGUUUCCUUUUAGUUAACUGGGGCGAAGCCCCAGCCACGCGCAACAUAUUUCCAUAAAAACCACUAUUCCAAUAUGCCCAGCUGAAAUGAGAAGUCCGUUAUGGUCUCCGUUCGUACUGUUCCGACCUCGCUCGCAACAUUUCGACUGAGCGAACAUUUGUAGACCGGCAGGGGCUAGCCGCUAGUGGUGCAACUGCCCACUUUUCGAGGUUAAUUUAACCUGUGAACAUGUGAACAAGAAUUGUUAACAAUGGGGGAGGUUUACGAUUUGAUUAAGAAGUUUCAUCUUCAUUCGAAGACCCACAAAGUCCAGGACGGUGGCACAGAAGAGUGGGUUAGUUUGGUUUUGCGCGAAAAAUACUGGGAUGACAUUCUCGUGUUGUAUGCGAACAAUGCGCUGAUUAAGGACUUUUUCAACUCGAAAAGUGACCAAGAGCGGGAGGAGUACCUCAUUUUUGGGAUUGCGUGCUUCACUUACUUCGUCCAAUGCAACUUUACCGGGCCCCCCAUCCCCAAAGUGAUUGACGAAUUCCUGGCCAAAGACAAGUUCAAGUCGUUUGAUUUCGCCAGUCGGUUGGCCAUGAACGGCGAAGACAUCAACGUUAAUACGAAAAAUCCGGCCCUUUUGGCCGUUUCUGAGUUCAUAUUUGAUUGUUGUGUCGUCAACACUUUGGUCAACUUGUGGUGGUGUUGCCGGGCUUUGAUGAUACACCAGGACGUUCUAGACGACUUGAGCCCCUCUUUGUUAUCAAACGCCGACCGUCUCCACAAACUGCUCCAAGAACAACCGCUAAAAGGUGUUUUGAAAGCUGAGCUUAAUACAGAACUGGCCCAAAUGUACCUCAAAUUCCGCCACAUCACCAAAGCUCAAGACCACAUCACGUCGGCGUGUGAUGUGUUAGGACUGGCGUACGAUUUUGUCGGUAAAUUAGGCAAAAGAACGAAAUUUCAAACCGAUGAAUUGGCACAACUUACUGUAAAAGUCACACUAGCCGAUCAAGACGAAAUAAAACGGCCUGAAAUUGACGAUAUUGUUGUGCCGCAAAAUUUCAGUCUCAAUGACGACGUUAGAUUGGACCAAGUCACAUUUUCGGAAGAGUCCGAUUCGGCAAAAUUGCCCAAUGCUGAGCAAAAACUGAUUCUAACAAUCAUACGCAAGAAAAUGAUUUCUAGUCCCUCUGAUGAGCUGCAAAGUGAGGAGAUUCUACCCUUCAUUGAGAUGAUUCUGAGCCAGAAGAACACGUACACAGUGCGUGUGAUGGCAUUGUUGUUGCGCUGUCAGUUAGAGUCCAAUAAUAAGAGGACUAUUGAAAGGUGUUUGAAGCAGUGUGAGGACAUUAUCAGUAAUUUCACAAAGGAGGAGCCGCCGGCAAGUAAUAGAGUGGGUGAUGUUUUCGGGACGGCAAUGCUGCCCAUUUGGAAAGUCCAAGCAGAGUAUGCCGAUAUUUUGCUUAAUUUUGGUUUGGUGAAAAACAGUUUGGAUGUUUAUUUGAGAAUUCAGUUGUGGGAGGAAGUUAUUAUUUGUUACAAUAUUUUGAAAAUGAGGGAAAAGGCGGCUGAAGUUAUUAGGCAGCAGCUUGAGGUGAAGCCGACGGUGAAGUUAAUGUGCCUUCUAGGUGACGCGACUGACGAUGUAACAUGUUACGAAACAGCCUGGGAGAUGUCCAAGAAGCGCAGCCACCGGGCGCAAAGACACUGGGGGCGCUUUUUAUUCGCACGCAGAAAAUACGAAGAAUGCAUUCCACAUUUUGAGAAAUCUCUCAGCAUAAACCCUCUCCAAGCCAACAUUUGGCUAGGUUUAGGUUUCGCAGCCUUGCAAAUAGAAAACUGGCAAACGGCAGCAACAGCCUACCGCCGCUACACCACCCUAGAACCUGACGGUUUUGAGGCUUGGAACAACCUAGCCCAAGCCUACAUCAAACUGGGAAACAACCGCAGCGCACACCAAGCCAUCCUGGAAGCCUUGAAGUGCAACUUCGACAAUUGGAAAGUCUGGGAAAAUUUGCUUCUAAUCAGCUGUGAUAUCUCGAAUUAUUCGGAUGUAAUCCGCGCCUACCAUCGCAUAAUCGAUUUGAAAGAAAAGUAUUUAAAUGUGGAAGCUUUGAAUAUUCUUGUGUAUAGUGUUUGUAACGACGCCACUGAUUCUGAAGGGAAUUCCGCGAGGAAGUUUUUGCAAAAAAUCCGGGAGUUGUUGGGGAGAGUUGCAGGGUUGUAUCCCAGCAAUGGGCCAGUCUGGGAGUUGUAUGCCAGUUUAGCGCCGGUUUUGUUACUUAGGGCCCAGCGACUGCAAAGGGCCUACAGGGGAUACACCCAAGGGUCGUGGGACAAAGACCCGAAAACUUGUUUGUAUGUUUUAAAUGUGUGCAGAAAAUUGGGCGAUGUCGUGCUUGAAGAGGAAAUAGAUCCGGCUAAUACUAUCAUAAGUUCGGUCAAACUCAAUUUAAACGCUGCGACAGCAGCGGUUAAGAAACACAACUGGGAAGAAACGAAAGAAUUGUUAGAGGAAGUGUCAAACCAGUUGGAACAAAUUGUAGAAAAAAUGAAGAAAGCGAAGGUUGCGGUUAAAAUUGACGAAGUCCAUGAUGACUCUGAUAACAGCACUUAACUUUUUCACGUACUGAAUAAAAGAAUUCUAUAAG